AUGGCCGUCCCUCCAACUUCGAGUGAGGCCCAUGACGCGGCCAAUGCUCUUGUAGAACCGUUGCCGGAACCCGGCCACUCUGCCCCAGUCAUGGCUUCGAGCUCCGACAGCGAGGAGCAAGCGCUCCACCCCGCGGAUGCCGCUCGAGAGGAUGAGGCCGAAGGAGUCAUCGGCUUCAGCAUCAGUCGCGCACAAAGCCGCAUGAAGGCCCGUCUGACGCCCGCCGAGGAGAAAAGUCGAAUCAUGGAACGCAACGGUGACUAUUUCUCCAAUGUCCCGGAUACCGUUGGCUCCGACGGGCUAUUUGCCUCCCAGAUCUCUGAGGAGCCCGAGUCCCUAGAGCCCAGUCAAGGCGCCGAUCGCACACCGGCUCCUGGCGGUCCGGCCGAGGAGUCUUCGAGCUCCAAGGAUAGUGGCCGAACGAGCUUCACCCGGUCCAUUUUGAAGAACGGUCUUCCUCUACGGCCGCGAGCGUGGUCCGGUGAUGCCAUGAAGAAAUUCCUCCCGGACCUCGGAUCCUUGACGAAACGAUCUUCCCUAUCUUUCCGCUCCGGUCCAUCAGAGAAGCGCUCACGGAGCCAGACGCUGAAACCAAGCCCGUCGAGGUCGACGUUGGCUCCCGCGGAAUCAUACCCGGCCCGCUCACACCGGAGGUCGUUUACUACGCCGAAUACCAACGGGGAGGUCGAUGAGCCCAUAUCGGAUUUAAAGCCGUUGGGGGAUCGACUGGCGGCGAAGCACUCGUACUCGCGCAGACCCAGCGCGUCAGUAACAGGAGCUCCGCCUAUGCUCCGAAGGUCGUCCUCGGACCAUUCGCUGUACCUCAGAGCGUCGUCAACAGCUUCAUCUCUCGAACAGCGUCCUCAAUAUGAGCAUAUACACUCCCAGGUCAACAGUCGAUUCAAAGCCAUCAAGGAUAGCCUUCAGGACUCGAGCAGCCGACUCCUUAGUAUGCCUACGUUGCAUCUGCAAGACUUGCGCAGCGAUUGGGGCUAUAAGCCGUUUCUUAGUGAUGUUGCUCAGCGCAAGGGGAACAACUACGCGGACGAACCACAACCCAAGCACGAGUCUGCGACUGAACCGCAGCCACAAGCUCGGGCUCGCGUACCACGGGCCAACUCCAACCCGUUACACCCCGUUCUGUCUGAGGCAAUGUCCGAGUUGACGGGCGACGUAGUCAUCAUGGGUGGCUACCGGGGAUCCGUUUUGCGCUCUGCGAAGCCUCCACAACGUCAAUUGUGGGUGCCCAUGAAGGUCGGCUUGAACCUUCGCAAAGUAGACCUGGAAGUUGGUCUGAACCCAGAGGACGAGGAGCGCAUGGAAGAGACCAUUAUCCCGUCCGGUGUGCUGUCUCAUGUUGGACCCGUCGACAUCUGCCGACGGCUGAUGAAGCGUCUCCAGAAAUGCGAUAACGCGGUGAAGGGCGACCUUCGUGUUCAUAACUACGGCUACGACUGGCGUCUGAGCCCCCAUCUCCUGUCGAAGAGACUGAUCAAGUUCCUCGAGGGCCUACCAUGCAACGCGCCAGGUGUUCCGCGCGAGAAACGCGGUGCAUAUGUUAUCGCCCACAGCCUGGGAGGGUUAAUUACGCGCCAUGCCGUCAACCAACGGCCGGAACUGUUCGCGGGCGUCCUCUACGCUGGCGUCCCGCAGCACUGCGUCAACAUCCUUGGUCCCCUGCGCAACGGCGACGACGUGCUGCUCAGCUCUCGAGUGCUCACCGCGCAGGUGAAUUUCACCUUCCGAACAAGCUUCGCCCUCCUCCCGGAGGACGGACACUGCUUCAUCGACAAACGCACCAAGGAGGAAUACCGCGUGGACUUUUUCUCCGCGCAGACCUGGGACGAGUACCGGCUAUCCCCUUGUAUCAACCAAGCCCUCCCGGCGAUGACGAACCGCGGCUUCAAGGACAACAUCCCGCGCCUCGGGAAACGCUUCUCAUCAGUGCUCGGCAGCAAAGAAAACCUCUCCGACGACACCACCGAAGACGAAAACGCCUCGCAAUACCAGGGCCCGAACGAACGCAACAGCCCUCGCUUCAGUUCCAACGGCGUGGGCUCCGAAAUCGCCGAUCGAGCUGCCCAGGCGGCUCCCACCGUCGACGGUGUCGUGGGGCCCACGUCCGCGCGAGGCUCCUCCAACGUCAAGGCCACCACGGCGGUGACGAUUCCUCGCGCCGCGGCCAUAAAAUACCUCGAGCGCACCCUCGCAGAGGUCCUGCGCUUCAAGCAGGAGCUCGCCUUCAACCCGUCCCACCAGUCCAACAACCGGUACCCGCCGUUUGCCGUACUGUACGGCAAAUCCGUGCCCACGGUGUACGGGGCGCGUGUGUGGUCCCGCGAGCAGAUCAAGCACCAAGACGCAUACGACGACCUUGCGUUUGCCGCCGGCGACGGCGUCUGUCUUGCGUCCGCGGCUAUGCUCCCGCCGGGAUACCGGAUCAUCAAGGAUGGCCUCGUGAAGAGCGAUCGCGGCCAUGUCGGGCUGCUGGGCGACCUCGAAGGCACCGGUCAGUGCAUACGCGCACUGGUGCGUGGGCGACGAGAAGGCGUCGGAUAUGAUGCAUGA